AUGACGCGUCGCCUGAUUUUGUAGCAGACGACACAACGGGAAGAUGAGUGCUUUGUUCCGCGUACAACGCUGAAGUUUAUGUUACAGUGAAAACAUCUUCCAUUUGAAUGUUGACUGUAGAUCUGCGGACAUCUAUGUCUAACAAUGGAUGCCAGAAAGUUCCAAAGAGCCGCCCUGGACAGCGGACUUCUCAACAUCCGCAUCCACAGCCAAGAGAACAACUCCUGGGUUGGAGUUAUUGAGGACCCUCGACUAAGCCGCGACUACGACGACAUCGGAGCUCUGUACUACGUAGUUGCUGUCGUCCUCAUCUACGGUCUGUCCAUCGUCAUGAUGAUCGCGUCCCACAUUCGUAAAAAUAAGCAAGACAAUCAGCUAAGAACGUACCUCAAGGAGAUGGUUCUUCUCAGGAAGAAGGUACGGAGAGAGAAGCUGUUUGACAAAAUGUCUGCCUUUACAUCAAUCACAACCGGGUCCUUCAAAAAGAAGCCCACUGGUGAUGGAAGUCCCAAACCUGGGAAGAAGUCGGAGACUGCUGAAGUUUCCAAAACUCCUUCUUCAUCACAGGAACCAGCUGAAGAGAAGGAGGCUCUCAACAGCAGGAAGGAAAGUGACAACGAUUCUGUGUUUCUGCUGCCCGGGGACUUCUGUAUUGAUAUGAGUAGAUUAGAUAUCCCUUCCCCAAAGCCAGACACUAAGACCCAAAUUAACAUCCAGAUUCAGAAAGAAAAAUCGAGUGUAUCGUCUUGACCAAUUUAUUUCUUGAGUGCUUAUGGCUUGAGAGUAUUUUGUAGAGUUUCAUACUGAACUAUGCUUGUACGUUGCACGUGACAUAGAUAUGUCUGACAGAAAUAUGAAUGACGUGGAUUGUGUGCAAUGGUUCCAGAUAAGUCAUAAUCAGAAAGGAGCCCGCUUAGUCAGACCCUUAACCAGCUGGUACUUAAUGACGAGACCUUUGAAGGAAAUUGUCUGAUAUGUACCUAUGGUAUUGUCUGUGUAUUUUGAUAUUUAAGAUAUUGAACAACUUUGUUUAUCAGAAUGAUGGUUUAAAGAAUGCAUACAUAGCAAAACGUUAUUCACGACGUGUUUGCAGAAAGAGCCUCCCUUGUUUGUUUUGGAGGUACCCUGUUUGUCAAAGUCAUUAACAAAAUCCUGCCUGUUGUUCAUAGACUUGGGUGGCUAAUGGUCUACGUAUUACCAAGCCAUCUUGCUUCCAGUAACGACGAUACGUGCUUCAGUUGGAUCUGUUAGUCUUCUUCCAAGGGUGCGAAACUUUUGUGAACAUGUGCUCAAUUGAAUUUAAAUGCAGAGAUAGUAACAACGGAAUAUUGAGGAAUCGUGCCUGCGACAUAACGGUUGUUGUCGUCAACGGAUCCUGAAUAUAUGUCAUUAAUGUUUUGUCAUUUGAUUCUGAUUUGGACUGUUGGUAUUAGGCUGACAAACUGUUUCGUGUAACAGAGGGGUUAUGAGCCAUAUUCAGUCAACACAAAAGUAAUGUACUGUGAAAAACGACGCUUUGUCUCAUAAUUCAUAAUUUGUGCAAUCGCUUCAACGUCAUAUUGAGUUAGACCGCCGCCAUAUAGCUGGAAUAGUGCUGAGUGUAGCUUACAACUAAACCCUCUCAUAUUGAGUUGGUUCUUAGACAGGUGAGAAGUGACUUCAGUCGAAUCUGCCACAUUGGAUCUUGUCCCAAAUGAAAGAGGAAGGCAGAAACUGUGAAAGGGUGGAGAGAUCUGCCUACAAAUCCCUAAAACAGUUAAACGAACUGCCCAUAUUUAUCUGUAGAAGAUAAAUAAUAAUCACUAGUCAUAGAAAACACCACUCUCUGUACAUAUCACUGUCUUAUGUAUCGUGGUCCGGUUGUCUCGAAGUCAUGUAUGAUGUCUGCUUACCGUCACGUGGCCUUCGACAUUCUGAAACAACAACCCAAUCUUAAUAUAUAUAUAGUUUGUGUUCUUGGUAAAUGAUCAUGUGAUUGUUCGGGGCAUUUUUCUCGUGUUUAAAAAGUAAAUGAGCACACACAGGUUUAUGAGAUGUUGAAAGAUUAUGGUUUGACUGGCUUGGCUGUACACAUGCUAAUCAUUGCACAGUGUUAAAGGUACUAAGGUGUUCUUGUACAUCAUUCAACAGCAAGAGUUUUAUCAAAUGACUUGUAAGCGGCUGAUAGUAACCAUUUUAAUCGUCAAAAUAUAAUAUUUGAAAUAUAAAUAAAUAAAAUAAAUUUUCCUUCU